GGGAGAGGAGAAGCCCUGCGGGAUCCGGAGACGGAAAGGCGAAGGUGUCCAGCCUCUCUGGAGAGAAGAAACUGACGCGAAAACACUGAUGUGAUCGGAGCAAGCUUGUUGACGCAUAAUCCCACCCGCCCCGCCGGCACUGGGAGGGGGCAAAUCUUGCCUGACUGAACUCCAAUCCUGCCAAAGAGAUUUACGGAGUGCGCUGCUGCUGGGUUCAGAACCAUUUGGUUCAUGGUUUUUUUUUGUUUGUUUUUUGUGGGGAGAUACUCGAUGAUUUCUUUGGAAGCAGAGGAGCUACUGCGCGCAUAACUCUGAUUUAAUCCCCCUGUUGGAUUCAGCGCUGUCACUGCGCCGCGGACUGUGCGCGUUUGGAUGCGUCCUGAGGUGUGGACGGGACCUGCUCGCUCAUCAUCAGCAUUACCACCACCAUCAUCAUAGUGGGUAUUUGAUCGAGGUUGUCCUGCUUCCAUUGGAGAUCUGGAGCCAUGACAGGCCCCCCGCUGGUCCCACAGCCCGCCUGCUGACGGUACCGGGCAGGAUGGGAGCAGAUCUGCCGCGUUCAGAAUCCCGAAGCAGCCGAUUUAUCAAUGGAGGAGGAGAGUGACACCCGGAAAAUCAACAACAGCUUCCUUCGCGACCACAACUAUGCAACUGAAGCUGACAUUAUCUCAACGGUGGAGUUUAACUCAUCGGGGGAGCUGUUGGCCACCGGGGAUAAAGGAGGCAGAGUGGUUGUCUUCCAGAGGGAGCAGGAGAGUAAGAGUCAGCCCCAACGUCGAGGGGAGUACAAUGUUUACAGCACAUUUCAGAGCCACGAGCCAGAGUUUGACUACCUGAAGAGUUUGGAGAUUGAGGAGAAGAUCAACAAGAUCAAAUGGCUUCCUCAGCAGAAUGCCGCCUACUUCUUGCUCUCCACCAACGACAAGACGGUGAAACUGUGGAAAAUAAGCGAGAGAGACAAGCGUCCAGAGGGCUACAACCUGAAGGAUGAGGAUGGACGGAUCAGAAACCCGUCGACGAUCACCUCGCUACGGGUGCCGGUACUGCAGCCUAUGGACUUGAUGGUCGAGGCUACGGCAAGGCGAGUAUUCAGCAACGCUCACACCUACCACAUCAACUCCAUCUCUGUCAACUCCGACCUUCAGACGUUCAUCUCUACUGACGACCUCAGGGUGAACCUGUGGAACCUGGAGAUCACCGACCGCAGCUUCAACAUUGUGGAUAUCAAGCCAGCCAACAUGGAGGAGCUGACGGAGGUGAUCACCUCUGCGGAGUUUCAUCCCCAGCAGUGUCACACCUUCGCCUACAGCAGCAGCAAGGGCUCGAUACGCCUGUGUGACAUGAGACAGGCCGCGCUCUGUGACAAACACUGCAAAUACUUUGAGGAGCCAGAGGAUCCCGCCACUCGCUCAUUUUUUUCUGAAAUCAUCUCAUCCAUCUCUGAUGUGAAGUUCAGCCACAACGGGCGCUACCUGAUGACACGGGACUACCUCACUGUCAAGGUGUGGGACCUUCAAAUGGAGAACAAACCUCUAGAGACGUACCAGGUCCAUGAUUAUUUACGAGGAAAACUUUGUUCUCUGUAUGAGAACGACUGCAUCUUUGACAAGUUUGAGUGUGUCUGGAACGGAUCAGACAGUGUCAUAAUGACUGGCUCCUAUAACAACUUUUUCCGUAUGUUUGACCGGAACACAAAACGUGAUGUCACACUGGAGGCAUCCAGAGAAAACAGCAAACCCAGAGCUAUUCUCAAGCCUCGCAAGGUGUGUGUGGGCGGGAAGCGACGCAAGGAUGAGAUCAGUGUAGACAGCUUGGACUUCAGCAAGAAGAUCCUUCACACUACGUGGCAUCCGCAUGAGAACAUCAUUGCUGUAGCAGCCACUAACAACCUCUACAUCUUCCAAGACAAGGUCAACUAAAGGGUAAUCCGACCCCGCUGACCCUCCCCACACACGAGGGGCUGCAGGGAGAGGACGGGGUAGGAGAAAGACAGUGAUGGAUCCCCGAUCAACAUCCUCCUUCCUCUCCUCCUCUCCCUGUGUCUUGUUGCUGCUGGUCUUGAAUUUCGCUGAUCUGCUGAGGAAGAGCAGAGAAAAGUAUCCAGUGACUGAUUUUUGGGAAUUUUUCAGAAGCGGAGAACUAAUACAACCUGGAUACAACUUGAGGAAAAGGCCCCCUCAAGAUCAAGAAUGGACUUUCAUUCUUCAGUUUUAUUUAUUUAGCCAUGCAGACAUGAAGAAGUAAAUCUCAUGCAGUUAUGCAACAAGAGGAUUGCUGCAUGAAUAACAUGAUGUAGCAGCCCCCCGGACCCUGAAGAAAGGGGCUGUAUUUGGGGACUCUGAUGAGAAAUAAGAGCACACAGACAGAGACAUUGCUUACAUGAUGGUGGCUCAUUGUCAUGUAGCAACAGUGCCCCCUGCCUCUGAGGCUGCUCAUGCUACAGCGCAUGUGAUCAACUCUGCAGCCUCUUUUUUGGACAGAGCAACCUGCUGCAGAGUUCCUACAAAAGAGGAAGAGACUGUUAUUGAUCUCUGACCCCAUAAACUGAGUUUUCUCUGCCUGUGACACAAUGUGGUCAGUCUUUCUAGUUCCAAUUCUGUGUCUCCCUGGUGAGACUGCUGUAGUCUGUAAUGUGAAUGAAGCCCCUCCAGGCUGUGUCAAUGGUUUAAUUUAAUGCUGUUGUUUUAUUGAGUCCUUCUUUCGGUCAAUGAGUCUGUUUAGAAGCUGUGGUGCCUUCUUUUGGUAUGUGGGGGUUUGAUGUAGUGGGAGCGGGAGGGGGGUGGGGACUGAAUACGAGGCAGGAGUGUGAAUGUUUCCAAUGAAAUGUUAAAAUAGCAUUUUCUUUCUUUUUUUCCUCGCUCUUUUGACAAAAACAAAACAAAAAAAUCUCAACUGAAGUCUGAAGUGGAAAAACAGUAAGUGCUUGAGGCAAUGUAGUCAAAAUUACAUUAAAGCACCGGCUACAUGCUUGUGAGUUCAAGGGAAGACUGUGAUCUGUACAAAUUGUUGCUUUUAUCACAUCGCCGUCAGUCUGAUGUCAUCUGUUUGGAAGAGACAUGACAGCCACAAUCAUUGUUUGAGUCUGAACCCCUCUACAUCCUUGAGCCUACUUGGAUAGAGCUGAAAAUGAUCUGUAGAUGGUAGAAGUCUAGACUUGUCAUGUUGAUUUACUGAGCUUUAGAUUUAGGCAUAACAUAAUGCUAAAACAGCUCUUUUUGCAUGCUUGGAACAGAUUCUGAUGGAAUGAAACACCUGCACAUAAAUAGUUGAGCAUCUACAGAUCAUCUGAGGCACUAUGCAAGUAAAAUACUUUCUGCAAAGGUAUAGUCUGUUUAGGGUUUAGUUUGUAAUUGCUGCAGUGCUUGCCCAUGUCCUUGCUGGUGAUGUGGAGAACUAGUUGGCUGUAUUUCAGCGCUCAGCUUUGAUUGAUUUGGAGAUCCUCACUCAUCUCAAAUUUGUGUUUAGGGCCCAUAAAGGAAAGCAGUCAAAGGUCUACAUGAACUCUGUGAAAUCAGGGAAUUAUUAAGUGUGGUUCCUUUAAACAGUUAUGUCUUCUAAACAACCUCCUUUGUGACACUAAUUGAAACAGAAAAAAUCUUUUAUAGCUCAGAAUGUAUUGAAAUGCAAUUAAAUACCAUGCAGUCUUUAUGCUUACUGGACUUUCUUUGAAUAAAAAACAAUAAAGAUGUGCAAGUUCAAAGUC